CCAAACAUUCUCGACAUUUAUUUCGAAAGGGCAAGCGGAAGUGUAGUGUUACUUUCUUAUAGGUAACGAACAGCGUUGCUUUCCGCUAGCCUCACGAGCAAUAGCAGCGUCGGCAGCUCAACACCAAUUGUUUUGUCUUUUUUUUCCCCAAAGAAAAGCGCUAUGAAUCAAGAGAAGCUCGCCAAACUCCAGGCACAAGUCCGGAUAGGUGGAAAGGGAACGGCUCGUAGGAAGAAAAAGGUGGUCCACAAAACGGCGACAGCUGAUGACAAAAAGCUCCAAGGCUCACUGAAGAAGCUCUCGGUGAACAACAUUGCAGGCAUUGAGGAGGUGAACAUGAUCAAAGACGAUGGCACGGUAAUCCACUUCAACAACCCCAAGGUGCAGGCGUCACUGUCGGCCAACACGUUCGCCAUCAUGGGCCACGCUGAGACCAAGCAGCUGACCGAGAUGCUGCCUGGCAUCCUCAGCCAGCUGGGCGCCGACAGCCUCAGCAGUCUGCGCAAGCUGGCUGAGCAGUUCCCGCGGCAAACGAUGGACAUGAAAGCCGUGAAGGAGGAAAUCGCUGAGGAGGACGACGAUGCUGUCCCAGAUCUUGUGGAGAACUUUGAUGAAGCCUCAAAGAACGAAGCCAACUGAUCCCUCGCUCACCACCAACCGUUUUCUUUUUUCUUUUUUUUUUAAUCUGUCGCACGCUCGCUCGCUCAGAGGCUUUCCUCGUGUGGGGAGACGGUUGUUCAAGGUGCAGUGCAUCCUCAUCACUAUGAAAAAAAGAAAACUGAUCUUUACGUAACACCUUUUGAUUGUGGACGCCCCAGUCAGCACCCAAAGGACUUGGACGGCUUUAAAACACCGCUUUCUACGUGGCUCGUAUUUAAGAGAUGCUUUAUGAAAGGAUGACAAUAAAAAAUUCAUUUUACA